AUGGCAAACAACAUGAAUAAUUUAUUGAAUGAUUAUAAUCAUCCGAACAUUCCACAUUUCGACAUAAAGCGAUACCAAAGGAAAAGCAGCAGCAAUGAGAAUGCUGGACAAAAUAAGUGGAAAGUUUGGCCACAUAUUUCGGCGAGGAAAGAAAAGGUCUUUGAAGGGGAUGACUUUGCUAUUAUAACAACAAUUACUGGGGACAUAUUUGGUUGGUUGCCUUAG